AUGUCGGACGAGGCCAUCAACCCCGGUGACUGCGGACUGCGGGCUGCGGGCUGCGGGCUGCGGGCGUCGAAGAACCGGUGGAGAGCCGACUUGGCAGUCUGCCCCGAGCAGCUCGUCAACGAUAACGAUGUUGAAAUGACGAUGAUCGCGAUUUUGUGA